CUCCUCCACAGUGCAUGGGAAGCCGGCUGAGAUUUGAAUGCCGUGCUUCCGCGUGAGUUUGUCAAACUCCCCAUUUACCAUGGCGUCAGACGCUGGCCGGCGAGACACAGGCAGGAGAAGAAGCCGACUAAACACCCCACAAACACCACCAAAAAGCACGAAAAGAAUGACUUUGUGGGACCGUGAGGAUCUUAAAAAGAAUAUUGAAGAAAGACCACAGAGCUACAAUGAGUUUGAUUUAGUUGCAUCUGAAUCAAUUGAGGACAAAUCUUCAGCACUAAAUGUUGAAGCAUCACUGAAGGCAAGUUUCUUGUGUGGACUGGUAAAGGUUGAAGGAUCAGCCAAAUACCUGAACGAUACUAAAACUUCCAAAGAUCAUGCCAGAGUAACACUGAAUUACAAAACUACCACAAAGGUCCAAGAACUGUCCAUGAAUCAUCUUGGGAGAGGCAAAGUUAAGCAUCCAUAUGUCUUUGAUCAAGGAAUAGCAACACAUGUAGUCACAGGUAUCCUUUAUGGGGCAAAAGCCUUCUUAGUCUUUGACCGUGAGGUGUCUGUCAACGAGAACCAUCGAGACAUUCAGGGCAACUUGAAAAUUAAGAUCAAGAACAUUCCCUCCCUGUCAAUAGAGGGCGAAGGCUCGCUGAAAAUAGAAGCCGAGGACAAAGUAAAUGAUAAGAAACUGUCCUGCAGAUUCUUUGGAGACUUUUUCAUUCAGAAACCUCCGACAUCCUUUCAGGAGGCAGUAGAGGUGUACCAAAGUCUGCCAAAGCUGCUGGGAGCCAACGGGGAAAACGCAGUACCAGUGAAGGUCUGGCUGUUGCCUCUGACAUGUUUAGAUUCUACUGCCGCUAAACUUGUCCGUCAGAUAAGUAUAGGAUUAGCUGAAGAAUGUCAGAGUGUCCUGGAGGACUUCAGUGACCUGGAAAUGAGGUUCAACGAUGCACUGAGAACCAAAACUGCACAGCAGUUCCCACAGAUUGGAAACAAACUCAAAACCUUUAAACAGAGGUGCUCUCAGUUCAAACUGGAAUUCCAACAAACCCUGGCAAAGAAACUUCCAUCAAUCCGAGGAGGAGGAGAAGAAGAAGCUGUGCUCGCAGAGGAACUGAGGAAGACAUGUUCUUCGCCUUUCAACAGCAAGGACCUGAACGAGUGGAUGGACUGUAAGGAGAGAGAAAUCUACACCGUGAUGUCUCUGACCGACAUGAUGACAAACACCAAGAUCAUCUCAUCUCAAAUAGACCUGUACAAAGAAAGCUUCAAAGCAGAGCAGGCUGUGUGUUUCGUCUUCACCUCGCUGGGAAGAGAUGAACCGUACCUCUCAACUUUAUCAAACUACCUGAAACAAACACCCAAACCAGACGAUGCCCAAGAUCCACACCCUCCAGAUCAAUGGUACAAGUCAAGAAGAGAGAUGGGAGCAAUGCGGCAUAAAGCAAAGCUCUUCAGUGAUUUUGCAGAGGCCAACAAGGAGAACAAGAACAUCACAUUUCUGACGGUGGGUUUAACAAACGAGACACAGAAAGGUGCCAGCAUCUACCUUUACACAGACGGCCUUUCUGUCAAUGAGAACUUUGAGCCGCCUUCAAAGCCUGCAGCAGUAACAGGAAGUGAUAUAAACCACAACAGUGUGACGCUGAAGAUUUCUCCACCCAGAUUUGGAGCAGAGGACAUCAUCUCCUACUCUGUUGAGUACUGUGUCAGAGGAGAGGACGGCUGGAAACAAGAGACAGCAUCCAGAGCUGAAGAAGUCACAGUGAGCGGCCUGAGUCCUAACACAGAGUACAGGUUCAGAUGCAGGGCAGAGACACCAGUAGGUGCUGGGCCAGCCAAUGAAGUCAGUGGAUCCAUUCAAACCUUACCCUGCAGCCCUCCUGGAGAACUCCACGUUGAAUCUACCUCAGGUGAGAUAUCAGUCAGCUGGGAGAAACCUGCUGAGCUCGGACAAGAUGUCCACGAUUUGAGCUACAUCGUGGAGUACGCCAAACCAGACCAACAGGGGAAAGAGGAAGAUCUCCACUGGGAGCAAAUGAUGGCGGGAGCUGAGAAGGCGAUCAUUUCAGGACUUCAGCCAGAGACAGAAUACGCUGUCAGGGUCAGGUGUGAUUGUGGUGCAGCUGGAAGAAGCAAAGAAAGCAUCGCUGUUAAUGUCCGCACAACUAAACGUGCACAUCUCACAGAAUCCCUCAAAAGUAAAAGCAAGAGGAUCAACUCUGAAUCUCCCUCAGUUUACAAACUGCCUCUGACAGAAGAAGACAUGGACGUUGAAGGAUGCCGGAGGUACAACUUUGGCAAGGAAAGCAUGAAGCAAAAUUGUAAAAUAUUGCUUCUUGGAACAACUGGAUCUGGAAAUUCCACUCUGAUCAAUGGACUCAUCAACUACAUUGUUGGUGUAGAGUGGGAGGACGAUUUCAGAUUCAAGUUAGUUGACGAGGAUCAGUCGAGAUCUCAAGCUGAGAGCCAGACCUCUGAAGUCACUGUGUACAAAAUCAACCACCAAGAGGGCUUUAAAACCCCUUUCUCUCUGACCGUUGUGGAUUAUCCUGGCUUUGGAGAUAAACGCACAAAAAGCGAGGAGGAGAUCACAGAACCGCUAAGGAAUCUCUUCUCUUUAGAGCGUAGCGUCAGUGAAAUUGACGCUGUGUGUUUUGUAGUUCCAAAUGAUUUAGCUCAGAUGGAUCAAAGUAAUACAUCGCUGUUUUAUUCUCUGUACAAAAUACUUCACAGCAGUAUUACAGAUAAAAUCCAGGUUCUGGUGACAUUCGCAGACGACCACCGCCCACCAGUUCUAGAUGCGAUCAGAGCUUUAAAACUCCCAUGUUCCCAAACGGAAUCUGGGCUGCCAGUUUACUUUAAAUUCAAUCAUUCUGCAUUGUUUGCACAGAACCAAUCAUCGGCUGCGGGUUACUCUGGUAGGGAUGAGGAAAAUGGAGGCUCUGGUCAGAUGGAGAGGUUCUUUGUUGCUUUACAUAAGUUAACAACCAAAAGAUCUCAGAGAAAGUAAGCAGCUCCAGAACACAACUGAGAGUACGGUUAGCCAAGCUUGAGGAGAUAAAAUAAACACAACUUAAACUGCAUGAAGCGGAGAUCGGCGAAAAUGAGAAUUAUAAGAUUUGAAGUCGUUGUCACAAGGCCUGUUCGAGAAGAUAUAUCUGGUUCUGGAAUUUAAAUCAACAACUGUCAGGACUCCAAUGACAUUUUAGUGGACAGUGUCUAUUUGAUCCCAUUGCACUACAAUAUUGUUUAUCUGCAUCAUUGGCAGAUGUGCAAUCUCUGUGGUAAAAUCACACACCAAAAUGUUAACCAGAAGUAUAGAUGGGAGUUUAGGGAGUUUAGAGAAAAACAAUCAUUGGAUUGAAAAGAAAAGUACUUGAAGGCUUUAAAGGCUAAGGGAACUGUUCAGAAAUCGAGCGACCAACUGAAGGCUGAAUAUCAGCGUCUUCAGACUUGUAAUGGCAAAUUAAUGUGUUCCCAUGUCCUAUUUCCGUUUGCCAUUAUAACUCAGGUUUGGGUAAUCGUACGCAGACACAAACACAAUGAUUCUCCAGUCGGCAGAUGCAGUUUAGUUGAGGUUCAUUAAGAGUUUCACAAUACCAAUGUUGUGGUGAUGAAUGAGUUGUAUGGGUUGUGAUAGAAACUUCUGAAGCAAUGGAGACGAGGCUCAGAGAGACACGAGGAGAGCAGGAACUUUGAUGACAAACAACUGAUGGUUUAUUUGGAGCUUCGGCCGGAGAAUUCACAAGACAUGUCGUGUGCCACGAGGUGAAACAGCUGCUGCCAAACCAAUUCUGAAGAUCUCUCCAUGUAUUUAGCUAGUUCAGAGAGAAUAAUCAACUUUGUGCAUAACAAGAUAAAAUCAUAACAACUCUAUCAGCUGACGCCAACAGGCAGGAAUAUGAAGACAAAACACUGAGAGCACCCAAGGUUGUGCUCAGCGAGGGCAAACUGAUAAACUGGGUCAAAGUUCUGGGCCUUGGAAAAUAUUUCCCCAACAUGGGUGUUUCUGCCGGGUCUGUAGUUCUGGUGUCUGAGGCGUCUGAAGCUAAUCACCGCCACCAAGUGUUCAAAAAUGAUAUUGCAUUUUAAAUACAAAACUGUCUUUCCACACACACAUAAAAUGGCUCAUACAAGACUAAAGUGGUUAAAUGAAUGCAGAGGCUGCUGAGUGUCUGAACAGACAAGGAGAGAUUGCACCGAAGCCAAAUCCUCUCUCCACUCCAGAGCACAUUGACCUGCUGAUUGAGGGAGAGAAAUCUGAGGCCAAGCCAGGCUGGAAGCAACGAGUCCAGUACCUGAUAGAGGUGAGAGGACAAGCAGAGCUCAUGGGUAAAGUAGGCAGAGAAGAAAACCUGCUUGAUAGUGAAGAAUAUUUAACUGAGGGCAUCAAGACCAGCUCCAACUAAGACCAAGACAAGAGCUGAACAUGAUUUCAAAGAAGAGACGUGUAAAUACACAAUCAAACAAGACAGGAUGGUGAGUGAUACUGAUCAAGAGUCCUUGAUGGCCAACACAACCAAGUUACCAUGACACAAAUGUUCAUGGGUCAUUUAUUUUUAUUUUCUGUUCUUACAAAGUUAUUGUUUAACUGUUUUUUAAAACAUUAAGGAUUACAUUUUUCAAAGCAAGAUGGUUGGUCUUGAAGAAAUGCUGAAGGAGAGCCGAGAGAAGCUCCUCCAGAGUCCAAAGGGAUCACAAAUCCUUUGGAUCAAAACCAAACCAAGACCAAACAGAUGCCAGCAAGACCAAGAGGAGAUCUAUCAACGAACUGGAAGACGUCUGUGUUUUCAUAUCUGAGAGGAUCUCACCAGCCCUGGGACCCAUCUACUUCCUGUUUGGCAUGUGUGUUGCUAUGGACCAGGGGGAGCUGCUGCCCCGUGUGAGGCGGUUUGGAUCAGCGGUUCUUUAGGAAUAUGAGAGAACCCGGUCCACCCAGCGCUGAGGUGGAAUGCAGUUCAAAGUGAAAUGUUGGACUCCUUCCUUCACGACUCUACUCUUUACUCUUCUGCAUCGGGUACCUUUACAUUUAUUACUAUAGCUUCAUUUUGAUUAUACUUUACAUACUUUGACCUAUGUGACGUUUUGAAUGCAGGGCUUCUACUUGUAACAGUAUCUAAACAAUGUGGUAUCAUAACGUUAACCAAUGUAAAGAAUCUGAAUACUUCUUCCGUCACUGAUACAACACAUGAAGUCCAAAUAGACCCGCACUUAGAGCUCUAGUGUUAAUCAAUGAGUUAUAAAGCUUUAUUGUUCUCCUGCUCAAACAUCUUCCUGCAGGAGCAAUCUGCAUGUUCUGUUGGACAGGAAGUCAAAUGUACCAUGUGAUGAAAUGUGAAAGUGUGAUUGUUUUGAGCAGAAAUCAUUAACGUCCUGACACCAUUACCACCAAUGUAAAAGAUUAAACCUGCAAGUUUAUUAAAAGUUUAUUUUCUAUUAUGAUCAUUUACAAAUAUCAGAUUAUUGCUAAAUGUUUUUUCUGCUCUUCAUGUUAUUUUCUUUGAGAUUUGUAACUCUACGUGACUUUUGUUAAUGUUGAUUGUAUUGCUGAGUGUCCUGAAAUGAUACGUGGCUCCUGCUGGAUGAUAGAGACGUUUCUAAACGUUAAACAAUAACUCAGACUAAUGGAACGUUUAUUUUAAUCAGAACAACCGAUAUGAGAAUAAGGAGAUUAAAGAAGAUCAACAGCUGAAGGGAAAAAGAAUAACUUUUAAAUCUUGUAUUUUUCACAUAAAGUUUGAAUUUAUUUCCAUUGUAAUCGGUUUACUCUGUUGUUGUUUUAACGGGUUAUCAGCUUCCUGCUUAGUUUAACAUUUUUACUAUUAGUUUAAUAUUCUUUGAGUUUUAAAACAUUA